UGAUCAUGAAAAGAGGGGAAGGCUUCUCCUGCUCACUCUUAAACUACUUGCUCCUAAUUACCAUAGUUGCAUCCGCCGCCGUGGGUCAUAACAGAAGAUGUGCUCCAUCUGCGUGCGGCAAAGUUACCAACAUAACGCAUCCUUUCCGGCUGAAGGAUGACCCAGAAUAUUGUGGCGAUCGGAGGUAUGAGCUGGCUUGCGAGAAUAACAUCGCGGUGCUAGCUUUGUUCCCGGGGAAAAACUACCAUGUUCAAUCAAUAAAUUACAAUAACUACACAAUCCGACUCGUAGAUCCCGGGAUCUUAGAGGAUGAUUGUUCCACCCUUCCUAACUAUUCCAUAUCCAAUUCCUAUUUGACGAAUGAAGAUGCAAGGGAACCAUAUGAAGACAAUCAAAAGCGAGAGAGUGCUUUAGAUAAUGGCAUGUCCAGAUCCUUAACAGUAUUCUGUAACGUGGUUUUCUUGGAGUGCAGCAAUCCGGUGAGGGACGAUCCACGAUACGUGGACACUGCACCUUGCGUUAAACAAGGCCGCAAUUUUUAUGCUGUUUUUGGAUACAUGUGGGUGCAUGAAUUAAAAGAUGAUUGCAGUGUGAAGCUGGUUGCUGCCACAUCAUCCUUUCCUGCUCCACCGAGAUGGCCAUAUGAUCAAUCAUUCUUGAGAUGCGGCCAAAACUAUUCAUACACUGAGAUUCAUAGGAUGCUCAGUUAUGGAUUUGAGGUUUCGUGGCUACCUGGUGUUUGUGAGUGUGGACCGAGGAGGUCUUGCAUAAUUGACGAAACCGCUCGAAGUGGUAUCUCAUGUUACGGCGGCGAAAACUGUUACACUCCAAUUCUGAUGGCCGAAUGUGGAAAGGUGUCGAAGCUCCAAAUAAUCGCAGAAGAUUACGCGUAUGGAAUUUUGAAAGGACUUCGAAAAGUAGUAGGAAAAGAUGGUGGUGAUACCUUCUAUAAAGCAGAUGUAUUAGCUAUUAUUAAGCUAGGAGUUUUCACGGGACGGGUUAUGGUGCCAUACAUGGUCGUCAAAUUCAUAUCAGGUCUCGUGUUUUUCUUCAUAAUGUUGAUCUACAUAAGCCAAAGAAGACAUGCAUCAAUUUAUGAAAAUAUUGAGGAAUUUUUGCAAGGGAACAAACUCAUUCCAAUAAGAUAUUCAUAUAAAGAGAUAAAGCAGAUGACAAGAGAUUUUAAGGAAAAAUUGGGAGAAGGAGGAUUUGGCUCAGUAUACAAGGGAAAGUUACGAAGUGGACCCUUUGUAGCCAUAAAAAUGUUGGGUAAAGCCAAGGGUAAUGGUCAAGAUUUCAUCAGUGAAGUUGCUACAAUUGGUAGAAUACAUCAUGCCAAUGUAGUAAGAUUGGUUGGAUUUUGUGUAGAGGGUUCAAAACGCGCUCUUGUAUACGAAUUUAUGUCGAAUGGUUCUCUAGAUAAAUUUAUCUUCUCCAAAGUGGAUAGUGUAUCAUUGACUUACCAGGAACUUUUUGAAAUAUCUCUUGGAGUGGCUCGUGGUAUAGCUUAUCUGCAUGAAGGUUGUGACAUGCAAAUUUUGCAUUUUGAUAUCAAGCCUCACAACAUUCUUCUUGACGAGAACUUCAUUCCUAAGGUCUCAGACUUUGGUCUUGCAAAGCUUAAUCCUCUGGAUAACAGUAUUGUUUCUUUGAAAACAGCAAGAGGAACCCUUGGUUACAUGGCCCCAGAAUUGUUCUAUAAAAAUAUUGGUGCAAUAUCUUACAAGGCUGAUGUCUAUAGCUUUGGAAUGCUUUUGAUGGAAAUGGCAAGUCAAAGAAGAAACUCGAAUCCAAACGCAGAGCAUUCAAGCCAAUUUUACUUUCCAUUUUGGAUAUAUGAUCAAUUGGCUCAGAAAAGUGAUGAGAUAAAGGUGGAAAUUUUGAUGCAUGAAGAAACAAGCGAAUUAGCAAAAAAGAUGUUUACAACUGCGCUGUGGUGUAUACAAUUGAAGCCAAGUGAUCGUCCUUCAAUGAAUAAAGUAGUGGAAAUGUUAGAAGGAGAAGCUGCAAAUAUUGAAAUGCCUCCAAAGCCUUCAUAUUAUCCAAAUGAUAUUAUCCACGGAGAUUCUGAGAUUAACUCAGGAGAAGCUACUUCAAAUAAUUCUUCUGGCUCUUCGGGUUUUGAGGAGGAAAUUGCAACUAACCCUCUGUUAAUGUUUUCUGGAUGAUGACUAGUGCAAUUUGCUUUUUAUGAUCUUGUUUCUUAUUAUGUUAAGCAAAAGGGCAAGUAUAACAAGUGUGGUAUUUUUCUAUAUUGUAUUUAUAUUUAUAUUUACGUGUUGUGUACGCUUUUGUUUAUUGAAACCAGUUGAAUGACAAUUUGAUCAUUUCUUUAUGAGCACGCGUGUAUUAAUAUUAUUAUUUUGAUAAAAUAAGUUAAAUAUAAUCUUUGUUUAGUUUUAACUCAAUAAUAUAUACAAUGGUUAGAGAAUGCAAAAUAGUUAAUAUGACCAAUUCUUGCAUGUUUCCUUAUGUUCCCCUAAUUUAAGGCUGAAAUUUGUUGAUCACAUAAACUCUGCAAAUUAUUUUUGGGUUAAUUUUAUGUUAUGGGGCGAGAUUGGUAGCACGCAGGUGAAUCUUAAUAUCAGAAGGAGAAACAUAAAUAAUAAA